AUGAAGAUCUUCAGGGAUAUCUUAACAAAUGCCGAAGUCGUGUGCGACAACGACAAGCCAAUGGAUUUGUUGGACGAGAUCGUGUACGCCGUACAAGGCCGCUACAUUGAGAUUGGUGGUGAGGACUACGGUAUUUCUGCUAAUGCUGAUGAGGAUGCCGGCGAGGGUGCGGCGGGUGACGUGGACGACGGGAAGCAGCGCGUCAUUGAUGUGGUUCACAAUAACCGCUACACUGAGACGAACUAUGACAAGGGCUCCUACAUGGCCCACAUUCGUGGUUACAUGAAGCAGCUAUUGGAGAAAAUUGAGGAUGAGGGCGCAAAGAAGGCCUUCCAGACUAACGCCGCCGCCUUCGUGAAGAAGGUGAUAAAGGAAAUUGAUGAGUAUCAGUUUUUCAUUCCUGAGGGUAAUGAGGAGGACCCCGACAAUGGCAUGAUUGUCCUCUGCAAGUGGGAUGGUGAGACACCCACCUUCUACUUCUGGAAGGAUGGUCUCAAGGGCGAACGCGUGUGA